AUGAAGUUCACAUUGGCAACAGCCUCCAUCCUCUUCUUGAGCCUCACCUCGGCCCUUCCAGCCGAUGACUUUGCUAAUCUUCAAGAGCGUGCGGAACCUUCCAAUGCACCCAUUGACUGGGAUGGCCCCAACCCCUCUGCGUCCAUCAAGUGCGGCAAGAACACUUAUGACGGACACGAUAUCUACCUUGCCGCGCAGCACGCCGUGAACCUGGGCAUGCUAGACCCUCCUGAGACGCGAGGCAAGAAGAACUACCCGCACCCGUUCGAUAAUGAUGACAGCAAGGGUGUGAAGCUGCACUUCCCUGCUCACUGCCCGGAGCACGACGACAACCGAAAGGAGUAUCCGCUCGUCAAGAACGGGCCUUACAACGGUGGCAAGAGCAAUAAGAAUUACGGGAAGGAGCGCGUCGUGUUUUACUACGAUGGCCAGGCGCAAGGUGUUGAUGGUCACCCGUUGGUCUACUACUGUGGCUUGAUGACCCAUGAGGGUGCGGUGAGGGGCGGUUUCUUGCAAUGUCCCGAUGGGAAAUAA